AUGUUCAAGGAUGCUAACACUUUUGUGCAGGCUUGUGACUCUUGCCAGAGGACUAGCAACAUUUCGCGGAGGCAUGAGAUGCCCCAAACCGGAAUUCUUGAAGUAGAAAUAUUCGAUGUUUGGGGUAUUGAUUACAUGGGGUCGUUCCCAUCUUCCAAUGGGAAUUGCUACAUACUUGUAGCCUUCGAUUAUGUGUCUAAGUGGGUUGAGGCCAUAGCUUCACCAACAAACAAUGCCAAGGUAGUCACCAAGCUCUUCAAGAAAACCAUAUUUCCGAGGUUUGGCGUUCCACGGGCUAUCAUUAGUGAUGGAGGUACCCACUUCCAUGAAAGACAACUGGAUAACCUCCUUAAAAGUAUGGCGUAUAUCACAGAACCAGGCUUAGUUACCACCCUCAAACUAGUGGUCAAGUUGAGAUUAGUUUAUGGUAAGGCAUGUCAUCUUCCCGUGGAAUUGGAGUACAAAGCUUUUUGGGAGAUCAAGGAGCUUAACAUGGACUCUAAGGUCGCGGGUAAGAAAAGACUCCUCCAACUCAAUGAUUUAGAUGAGUUUAGAUUGUCAGCAUAUGAUAGUGCGCGAAUCUACAAGGAGAAGACCAAGAAGUGGCAUGACAAGAGGAUCUUACCAAGAGAGUUUGCAACAGGUGAUAAUGUUUUUCUCUUCAAUUCUAGAUUAAAGAUUUUCCCAGGAAAGUUGAAGUCUAGGUGGUCCGGUCCCUUCACUGUCACAAGGGUGAGCAAAUUUGGCUCGGUAGAGUUGGUCAAUGACAAGGGUGAAGAGUUUAAGGUAAUUGGCCAACGACUGAAGGUGUAUCAUGAGGGCGCUACUAGUAGAGAUGUGGAGGAAACCUUCCUAACUCCACUUCCAACCUGA